AUGAGCAGUAAAAUCGGGGUUCUGGAACACUCAUCCAUGGACCUGAUUCGCCGAGGAAAGUGCAAGUCUGGGGCCUCUCAUCCAUGCAUCACACCUCGAGGGGCUGCCUGCUCCCCCAUCCCCGGUCCAACCACGGACCUCAGCACUGAUGGAGCUCCUCUCACUCCUCCUGGGGCUGGAGGAGGGGAGCAUGGAGUGGAGAGAGCUCAGGCCGACUCUCCGGUCCAUAAGGAGCUGUGGUUCAUUGUUGUUAUGGCAGCCAUUGCCCUCUUGGUGAUGGCCAUUAUCAUUGCUAUUGUGCUAAAUAAGGCCCUUAAUAAGCCUCCCUUUAGUAGAGAGCGGCCCCCACUGGUGGCAACAACCAUGGAAAAAAGAAGCCCGAUGGCUGUGUACCCACCCAGCAACUCCAUGUUGUUUGACACAGUGCCGGACACGACCGCCUACUCCAACAGUGUAACGCUCAAAGGCUUCACCCUAAAGAUAGAGGAGGUGACAGAAGGUAAAUGUGAGGAGGACCUUGCACAGGCGGAACUCGGCAUCCUGAGCGUGAACUCUCUGAGGCGCAGCGUGAGCCAAGUGAUGGAUGGGAAGUCUGUGGCAGAAGACAGCGACGUGUGGGAUCCCAACAUCAAUGGCCAUGACAGUGGGAUGGUGAGGGACCCCAGAAACUUUAUGGACGAUGAAACAUUUGUGGACUCCAUCAAAGGCUUCAGUACAGUGAAAAAGGAGCACACCAUGUUCACUGAUACCAACCUAUGA